UUUUUGCGCGUGUAUUGCUCGGUCCCGGGACGCGGGCAGAGGCGGCAGACAAGGAUGGAAAGGGCUGGCGGAGGUGGAUAAAUAGUUAAUACAAUAAUCAGGCAGCAGUAACACUCACUCACACAGAGACACAGCCAGACAGACAGACACACGGAGGAAGAGCGGGCAGUGUGCGGCAGUUCUACAGGGAUGAACCCGCAGGCUUCGGCUAGCUUCGUGCUGCUGCACGUUGUGGCACCGGAGCUUCAGGAGGGAGAGGCGGCGGUGGCUGUGGGCUCGGGGCUGGGGCUAAAGCCGCUACCCUUCGAUGCGAGCCGGCGGCCGACCAGGUUGCUGCAGGAUGCCGCCUGCGGGCUGCGGCACCUGGAACUGCCCGCCGCCAAGGGCUCGCGGCCGCAGCUGAUGGUCUUCGGCGAGCCAGAGCUGGAGCUGGAACCGGAGCCGCCCGCUGCUGCCCGGGCGACAGGCGGCGGCGGGGCGGAGCGGCCCAAGCGGGCGACCUCGCCCCGUCUCUGCCCGCGCCACCGCCGCUGCUCUGGCCGGGCCCGCAGCCGGCGAGACGAACGGGUUUCCGACCUGGCUCGGGACUUUGGCGACUUCACGGUGGGGCCAGGCCGGGAGGAGUGCCCCGCCGAGCCGGGCGGCGAGGGUUCGGCGGCGCCCCGGCCUCCCGCCGAGGAGACCAGCGACGCGGUGUUGGUGCUGGGCGCAAUGGAAGAAGCCGGUACCGAGUUGGAGGCCGAGGCCGGGCCCGGAGCUGACUGUCCCUUGCGCAUCCUAUGCCGGAGCCUGGGCGAGGAACCACCCGCCGCCUGCCCGCUUCACCGGGAGCCGCAGCUCGGCCCGCCCUCACCCUCCUCCUCCUCCUCCUCCGCCAGCCCACACCAGACCGAAGACCCACCGGCCGGCCGCUCCCGCAAGACCUCGCUGAGGAGCCGCCUCACCAAACUGUUCAGAGCCCGGAGCUGCAACGGAGCGCCCGAGCCCGGAGCCAAGCGACACUCGGUGCAGCUGCAGGGCCCGGUGGACGGGACCGCGCCGCCGGAGGGCCCGGACACCAGCAAACCCAGACUGACUCGGACGCAAAGUGCCUUCACUCCUGUGUCUUUAGCACCACCUUUCACAGGAGAAACUGUGUCACUAGUCGACCUGGAUAUUUCUCGCCGUGGGCUGCCAUCCCCUCAUCCUCCGACACCGCCACCCCCUCCGCGCAGGAGCCUCAGCCUUCUAGAUGAUAUUGGUGGGCCUCAGCCUCCGUCGUACCCAGUCAGCCCGGCUACCGCCAGCUUACAGUCAUUACCUUUGCCACCUCCGCCUCCGCCUCACACAUCCAUCCAGCUCAAUCUCAUCUUGAGCGACACUUCACAGAGGAACUCGCCCCAGACUGGACCGAUGUCUCUGCAACCUCAGCACUGCCCGUUGACGAGGAGAGACUCCAGCAGCUUCGCUGCCAGCUUACGGGAACUUGAGAAGUGCGGCUGGUAUUGGGGCCCGAUGAACUGGGACGAUGCAGAAAUGAAGUUGAAAGGAAAACCAGAUGGUUCAUUCCUGGUGAGGGACAGUUCCGACCCCCGCUACAUCCUCAGCCUCAGCUUCCGCUCCCAGGGGAUCACCCACCACACCAGGAUGGAGCACUAUCGAGGUACCUUCAGCUUAUGGUGCCACCCCAAGUUUGAAGACCGCUGCCAGUCCGUGGUAGAGUUCAUCGAGAGAGCCAUCAUGCAUUCCAAGAACGGAAAAUUCCUCUACUUUCUGCGUUCCCGAGUUCCUGGUCUCCCUCCAACGCCAGUGCAGCUCCUCUACCCGGUCUCUCGCUUCAGCAACGUGAAGUCUCUGCAGCACCUGUGUCGAUUCCGGAUCCGGCAGCUCGUCCGCAUCGACCAUAUCCCCGAUCUGCCCCUGCCGAAGCCCCUCAUCUCGUACCUGCGCAAGUUCUACUACUAUGACCCUGAGGAGGAGACGUACCUGUCUCUGAGGGAAGCUCGCCUCAGUGUGGCCUCAGAACAGGGCAUGGACACCCAGACGUAGCCGGUCGAGAGUCUCCGCUUGAAUCGUCUACAAAAGGGGGCAUCCAUCAUUAAGGACCCUCAUCACCCAGGACGUGCCCUCUUCUCACUGCUACCAUCUGGGAGGAGGUACAGGAGCCUGAAGACACACACUGAACGAUUCAGGAACAGCUUCUUCCCCUCUGCCACCAGGGAGGAGGUACAGGAGCCUGAAGACACACACUCAACGAUUCAGGAACAGCUUCUUCCCCUCUGCCAUCAGGGAGGAGGUACAGGAGCCUGAAGACACACACUCAACGAUUCAGGAACAGCUUCUUCCCCUCUGCCAUCAGAUUUCUGAAUGGACAUUGAGCCCAUGAACACUACCUCACUACUUUUUUUGCACUACUUAAUUUAAUUUUUUUAGUGUGUGUGUAUGUAUAUGUAUAUGUGUAUAUUAUAUAUAUAUGUAUAUUUACUGUAAUUUACUGUUUAUUAUUUAUUGCAGUGUACUGCUGCCACGUUCCAUUUUCUAAUUCCAGUUAGGGGAAUAUCAGAGGUUUUUAAACACAGAGAGUGAGUAUGUGGAACACCCUGCCAUCUGUGGUGGGAGUGGCAGAUAUAAUAGGGGCAAUUAAGGAACUCUUAGACAGGCACAUGGACGAUAGAAAAAUGGAGGGCUAUGUAGGAGGGAAGGGUUAGAUUGAUCUUAGAGUAGGUUAUACGGUCAGUGCAAAGUUGUACUGUGCUGUAAUGUUGUAUGUUCUAUUAAUUGCCUCUACAGAUGCUGCCUGACUUGCUGAUUAUUUCCAGUAUCUUAUGCUCGUACUGCAUGUAAUAGUUACAAUGAAGGUACACAUUGUAGCUACUCUGAUCAGCAGCAGAGAUGGAGAAGAAGAAGCUGGAAGCGCUUAGAGGUCAGGCAACAUCAAUAGAAAACAACACAGGUUUCUAGUCUUUUGCUUGUUCUUUUACUUAUAUAGUAGCAUCUGGAGGUGGAAACGCAAAAAAAACUUGGAGGAGCAAAGUUAGUGGUUCAAUUCCGGCUGCUGUCUGUAAGGGGUUUGUUAGUUCUCCUCAUGACCUCAUGGGCUUCCUCUGGGUGUUCCAGUUCCACCCACAUUUCUCUUUUGUAUUUAAAAUUUAUAACGCCUUUAGCCAAAGGUUGGUGAAUCAGUGGAAUUCAUUGCCACAGUCGGCUUUUGAGGCCAAAUCAAUGGGUAUAUUUAAAGCAGAGUUUGACAGAUUCUUGAUUAAACAGGACGUCAAAGGUUACAGGGAGAAUACAGGAGAAAUUUCCACUGAGGUUGGAUGAGACUACAACCAGAGGUCCUGGUUUAAGGGUGAAAGGUGAGAAGUUUAAGGGGAACAUGAGUGGAAACUUCUUCACUCAGAGGGUCAUGAGAGUGUGGAAUGAGCUGUCAGCGCUAGUGGUGCAGGCGAGCUUGAUUUCAACAUUUAAGAGAAUUUUGGAUAGGUACAUGGAUGGUAGGGGUAUGGAGGGCUAUGGUCCGGGUGCAGGUCAUUGGGAGUAGGCAGUUUAAAUGGUUUCGGCAAGGACUAGAUGGAGCGAAGCGCCUGUUUCUGUGCUGUACUUCUCUAUGACUCUACUGGGGAUAAUAAAUCGGCCAUGAUUUAAUGGUGGAACAGACUCAAUGAGCCAAAUGGCCUAACUCUGCUCCUAUGUCUUAUGAGGCACGAUUAAGCAGACUAUAUCUCCCUAGUCUAUAAAAGUUAUUCUGGUAGGUUUGUAAUAGAUGUCUCUUCAAAGACACCAAGGCUUGAUAGCCGUAUGUAGGGAAAGGAUGUCUGCUCAUGGGAAAAUCAAAAAUUAGACUGCAUAAGUUCAAAGUUCAAAGUAAAUUUACUAUCAAAGUACAUGUAUAUCACCAUAUACAACCCUGAGAUUCAUUUUCUUGGGGGUCUGAUUAGUCUGACAUCUAUUCUUGGGAAAAUGUUAGACUCGAUUAGUAAGGAAGUAAUAGCAGCACAUUUGGAAAAUUUUUCUCUAAUAAAGUCUCAUAGCUUCAUAAAGUGGAAAUCUUGUGCGACAGAUUUAUGAGUUAACUUUGAAGAAGUCUCAACGAGAAUGAACAGAGGAACCAGCAGACAUAUUGAAUUCAGAUAUCUAGAAGGAUUUGAUGAGUGAUUCACAAAGUCUAUACUGGUGGAGAUUCAAGUUUGGUUCACAAUUCCCACUUCCUUUGUUAAUAAAUUUACUUUGAGAUGACAUAUUUUCAUUGGUUAAUUGUUUACCAUAUAUCUUAAUGAUUUGGAAGUUGGAUGUAAAUACACAGUAGGUAAAUUUCCAAAUGGAACAAGAACAGUUGGAAAGGCAUUCAAUAGUGUGGAUGCAAGCAGUUUCUGAGAAAUAUUAAACAUGAGAUUCUACAGAUGCUGGAAAUCUAGAGUAACACAAACAAAAUUCUGGAGGAACUCAGCAGGUCAGGCAGCAUCUAUGGAGAGGAAUAAAGAGUCGACGUUUCAGGCUAAGACCCUUCAUCAGAAAUGGAAAGGAAGGUGGAAGAAGCCAGAAUAAGGGGGUGUGCAGAAGGGGAAGGUGUACAAGCUAGAAGGUCUUAGGUGAUGCCAGGUAAGGUUGGGUGGGGUACAGGUGAUAAAGUGAGAAGCUGACAGGUGAUGGGAGGAAAAGGUAAAGGGCUGAAGAAUAAGGGAUCUGAUAGGAAAGGAGAGUGGACCAUGGGAGAAAGGGAAGGAGGAAGGGAACGGUGGGGGUUUGAUAGGUAGAUGAGUUAAA